AUGCCUCCCAAGAAGCAGCAGGACCAGCCUAAGAAGAAGAAGGCCACGGUCGAGGAUAAGACCUUUGGCAUGAAGAACAAAAAGGGUGGUUCGGCCAAGAGACAGAUCGCUCAGCUACAGGCUCAAGCGGCAUCCAACAAGAACGCCGAGGCAAAGAAGAAGGAAGCCGAGAAGGCCCGCAGAGAGGCCGAGAAGAAGGCUUCCGAGCAGGCCAAGAAGGAAGCCUUGGAACUGUUCAAGCCUGUGCAGGUUCAGAAGGUUCCUUUCGGUGUGGAUCCGAAGACUGUGCUUUGCGUUUUCUACAAGCAGGGUAACUGUGAGAAGGGUAAAAAGUGCAAGUUCAGUCACGACGCAAGUGUGGAGCGCAAGGCGGCUAAGAAGGAUCUGUACACCGAUUCUCGAGACGUGAAGGCUACCGAGGAAGAGGCUAAAAAGAAGGAUACCAUCGAUGACUGGGAUGAGGAGAAGCUGCGCAAGGUCAUUCUCAGCAAGCACGGUAACCCGCGUACGACUACGGACAAGGUCUGCAAAUACUUCAUUGAGGCUGUCGAGAACCAGAAGUACGGUUGGUUCUGGACUUGUCCUAAUGGAGGUGACAAGUGCAUGUACAAGCACAGUUUGCCCCCUGGAUUCGUUCUGAAGACGAAGGAACAGAAGGCCGCUGAGAAGGCUCUCAUGGACAAGUCGCCACUCAACACCUUGACCCUCGAAGACUGGCUGGAAAGUGAGCGACACAAGCUGACCGGCAACUUGACGCCCGUCACGCCCGAGACAUUCGCCAAAUGGAAGAAGGAGCGUCUUGACAAGAAGGCUGCUGAGGAGCAGGCCCGCAAGGCCAAGGAAACCACUGGACGGACACUGUUCGAGGAGGGCAACUGGCGUGCUGAUGACGAGAGCAGUGACGAGGAAGAAGAUGAUGGCGCGUGGAACCUGGAAGCUUUGCGACGCGAGACGGAGAAAAUCCGGGAGAGGAAGGAAGAGGAACGCCUGGCGGCGCUGCAUGGCACGCCGGUGCCAGUUUCCAACGACGAGACGAUUGCACAGGAAGGAGCCGACUGA